AUGAAUGAUCUAGACUAUCAGGUUGCAGUCCAAAGUGACUUUCAACGAAUGAUUCAGGCAAUGGUACAAGUAGGGCCAGGAACAGCAGCAAGUCAAAUCUGCGCAAAGGCCACGGAGGCAAAAAGAUGGAUGGUGUCACAACUGGAACACCCCAAAGAUGGAUUUGCCAGUGAAUUCCAGUAUGUGUCUAGGCUAUUGCAAAUGUCAGUGUCAACACAGCGUCAUCUUGUGCUUACUCCCGAAUGGCAAUCGGCUUAUGAACCCCCUGAUUGCCGUCCCAAGCUUAACCAAGAUCAAUCCGGGUGGGACUGCCUGUGGGAACCCAUGCUUCCUGCUUGCUCUACUGAACAGAUACAACGACAACAGAAAAAUACAGAGAAUCCACUCACAGCUAACAACAACAACAACAACAGGCAGAUGCUCUCCGACAGCAAUCCUCUGAGUGUUGGUAUCCUACCCAAGAAGAAAGCUACCAGCAACUGGUUUGACGUGGCUUGGUACUCACAACAACAACAACAACAACAACCGCAAAGCAUCAUGUGGGCUCCAACCAGUUUUUCUCGGAAAAAGACGGACCAGUUGAAGCCAGAUAUCAUUCCACACUGGGAACGUAUGUAUGGACGGUACUGGGUGCGGGCACAAAUGGCCCAUGCUUUGUGGCGUCCAAACACCUUUCUACGAAACAGCAUUGCCAACAGACUUCCUCCUGCGGAUGGAUUGUUCCAAUUCAUGAUGAUGAAUACUACUCAUGUUUAUACUCCACUGUUUAUUGGAUUUCAUAUUCGGCUAACAGACAAUGCACAAGACAUGCAACGGCACUUUGCCCGCAAUGCUACUCAAACCAGGAACCUGGCCAGGUUCAUGGCAUUUGCAGAGAGGAUUCGGGAUCUUCAUCAUGCUGCCUCUGCAGUCUCUUCUUCCAGCAACACGAGGCAGCAACCAAGGCUCGACACAAUUUACCUUGCCACUGACAAUCGGGAUAUUCUGAAACAAAGCAAGGAUCCUCAAUGGAAAGAACGUGGCUGGACGUUUGUCACUCAAACGAAUACUGUGGAACGAUCCACCACCACCGAUAAACGCAUGUGGUUCCGAGAAGGCCGCAGUGGCGCUGCUGGAGCUAUUGCCACUGAUAUUGAAGUCUUGCGACGGGCGGAUUAUCUUGUGGGAUCAUUUCAAAGCAACGUUUAUCGUCUGGCUUGCCAACUCAACACGGCCUGGAAUGUGCACAAGUAUCCAUGGGAACUGCAGCGCCACUGGACGGUCGAUGUCGAAUGGUACGAAGAUCCAUAA